AUGGAACGUAAGCUCCAACUGGACAAAUUAGAAUGCCUUAGAUUGGAAGCAUAUGAGAAUGCUCAAUUCUACAAGGAAAAAGCUAAGGCAUUCCAUGACCAAAAUAUUAGGAGGAAGAACUUUAAGAUAGGUGACGAAGUACUUGUGUACAAUUCAAGGUUGCGCUUUAUGCCUGGUAAAUUGAGAUCUAGAUGGGAUGGACCGUUUAGAGUGGUAGAUGUCAAGCCUUAUGUGGUGGUGGAGGUAAUGCAACCUACAAAUGGGGUCAAGUUCAAGGUUAAUAGUCAUAGAGUGAAGCUUUAUCAUGCUCAACCCAAGAAUGCCAAUGAGUUGGAGAUUUUCCUCUUUGGGGAAGUUCCUAAGUGA